AUGAUGACUAAACUAUUUGAAUCGAAAAAAAAAUGUUUGAUAGUUGGUGUAAUCUCUGGAAUAUUUCUUACAAUAUUAUUACCUCAAUUAUUAAAUAAAAAUAAAUGGGAAAAGAACAAACAACAAACUUAUCAUGUUAAUAAAAAAAAUGAACAUGACUUUGCUGAAUAUUCUCAAUGGCCACCAUUUCUAACUGAUCCUACAUUUGAUUUAACUUUAUGGCGUAAACAUUGUUGGAUAAAUCAAGUAUCAUUACCUAGUCAAGAUCCGCAAUUAUAUUAUAAAAAAAAUUAUACCGCAUACACUGUUUGUAAAGAUGUGAUAAGUUUAAUUAAUUCGAUUUAUAAUAUGAAAACAAAUAUUGCUAAAGUAGAAUAUCCUGAAAUAUUUGCUCAAAAAAUUAGAAAAAUAUUUAAUUAUGAUAAUACAUUAUAUGCUAAAGCACUUCAACAGGAACUUUAUUUUGUUAUAAACAAAUACACAUUUGAACAUACAGUAUAUAAUCCACUUCGUGGUCGUCGUCCUGUUCAAUCACCUGAAGUACCUGUUGAACAAUACUUAAAUGAAACAAUGGAAAAAACAUCUAAAAACUGUGAUUUAUGUAAUUAUCAAAAUAUGACAGCAAUUGAUAGUCUUGGUCGAAUGGAAAAUCGAUAUGCAUAUUCAGCAGCUAAUGCAUUUAAAUUUGAUCAAUGGCAUUCAAUGUUUAUGCCAAAACAACAUGAUAUUACCAAAUUAACAUUUGAAGAAUUAAAAGAUGUUCUUACAUUAGCUUGGAAAUGGUUUCAAGCUGCUCAUAAAGAAUCACCAUUACAUCGUUUUCCUACUAUUCUUUGGGAUAGUUUACCACAUGGUGGUGCUUCACAAGUACAUCCACAUAUACAUGCAACUCUUCAUUCAGAUCAUUAUUAUGGUUCGAUUAAAUAUUUAAUCUAG